AUGACAUAUCCUCAUGUGUGCAGUGAGGUUUGGGUGACUCUACCUGAUCAUGACUACGACGUGAGGCCCCUUUCUGUGGAAGACCAGCUUGACGCAGAAAAGAAAUGCAUCGCUUUCCUGGAGGACGAAAAUAAAAAGCUGAAAAAUGACACGGACAAUAUCAACAAGGUGAUCGGCUCAAACUCUGCUGAAACAUGUUAUGCCUAUCUGUUUGACAUGGAGAAGAGGGCUGACCCCCGCUCGGAUUCUAAACAUCUCGCCAGGCUUAUGGACGGCUACACCAGGGUGCUUUCCAACAUGCCGCUUGGAAAGCACGGUCAAAAUGAAAGCUAUGCCAGGAUGCUGGUCAGAUUUGCCGAGUUAAAAGCGAUCCAGGAUGUCAACGAGGCAGAAGCAAACUUCAAUGUAGCUAAAUCUCACAGUCAGAAUUUUUCUUUUGUUCACAUUGCCCAUGCACAAUUUGAACACUCACAAGGCAACACAAAGAAAGGCAUUCACAUUUUGCAGAGGGCCAUGGAACUAGAUGCAAAACCGAAGGAACUACUGGAGACUGCCUUGCAGAGCCUCCAGUCAGGAAAAGCAUGGCACCAUUAUACAGAAGAUAAAGAGAAUGUCUCAGAAUUCCGCAAAGAUUGUAGAAAGUCUGAUGGGACAGGUGACUUAGAGCUGCCCAGUGUUUUUAGUUCAGGGACAGAGCCCCUGAAUGGAUUAUCCCACCAGAAGCGAGCAGGUGUCUUGCCAGGGCGAAUUCCUGUAGUUCCCUUCUCUAUCCCAGAACUUAAUGAUGACAGUGAUGGUUGGUCCUCAAAGCCAAGUGAUGCAUUCAUCCCCAAAAGCUUGUCCAGGCAAACAUCUGGCUCAAAUACAAGUGCAGUGUUUACCCACUCAUCCUCCAAGAAAACAGCUGUCGAUGGAGAUUUUUUCAAUUGUAAACCACCAACUGUUAGUCCAGAGCCAUGCCCUUGGGAGGAUCAGACAACCGUAGACUCAACCACCACACUCUUUAACAGACAGGACAAGAAGAAUACCUUUAGGAUGGAAGAUUCCACUUUCAAUUUUGAGCAGAUCAUCAAUUCAGAUUCCCCUGCGUCGUGUUGGACAUAUCUGCUCGACAUGGAGAAGAGCAGCAACCCUCACACUGAUAGCAACCUCCUCACUAAGCUUAAAGACUACUAUUCCAAAGUCUUCUUCAGACUUCCAAUUGGAAAAUUCAGCAAGAAUGAGAGCUAUGCCAGAAUAUUGGUGAGAUAUGCAGAACUCAAGGGGAUUGAAGAUCCAGAUGAAGCACAGGACCACUUCAUAGUUGCAAGAUCAAAUUGCAAAGGCUUUGCCUUUGUGCACAUAGCACACGCCCAAUUUGAAGUCUCUCAAGGUAAUUUCAGCAAAGCCACUUCAAUUCUACACAAGGCCCACGUAUUAAAUGCCCAACCAUCCGAGCUCCUGGAAGUGGCCAUGCGUAACCUCAAAGCUAGGGAGAAACAGCUCAUACCAACCAAGAGGGAAAAAAGUACCCCAGAUCUGCAUGCUGAUGCUCCACUGGCAACUUGUGGUGGGAAUCAGGAGUUACAGAUUCCAACUCGAGCAUCAGUGGACCAGUCCACUGAACAAACUAAACCUAAGAAGGAGCCUUUGGCAGAGUGGAAGAUGCUACCUGCUGUUAGCCAUCAAAUUUCUCCUCAGGAGAAGUACAUGACACCCCCUGACCCUCGAUCUGUGCCUCGUUUGCUGGACUGUAUUCCUACCCCAUCCCUUCCUCUCCCGUCCAGACCAAAUCCAUCUGUGGUCUGCCAGACACCCCAAAACUUCAAGACUCCCCAGGUUGACAGCUAUGUCACUCCUGUUCUAAAGAGAGACCCUGAAGUUGCUGCUUCUGCAGUGCAUAGAGCAGCCCAAGCCCAGAAACCCUGCACACAUCCCAAACAGAUGUCAUAUCCCCCAACCCCACAGGAUUCCCUCACCUCUUUGUCCCACGAAUCCAUCACUAUCAAUGGCAAACAAUUCCUCAUCCUAAAAAUGAUUGGACGAGGUGGAUCGAGCAAGGUUUAUCAGGUCUUGGACCACAAAAAGCAGCUGUUUGCUGUUAAGUAUGUAAACCUUGAGGAGGCUGAUGCUCAGACUAUAGAAAGUUACAAGAAUGAGAUUGAGCAUCUGAAUCACCUACAGCAAUACAGUGACCAGAUAAUCAAGCUGUUUGACUAUCAAAUAACAAACAGUUACAUCUACAUGCUGAUGGAGUGUGGUAACCUGGACCUUAACACCUGGUUGCGGAACCGCAAGGCUGUUAACCCGUUGGAGAGGAAAUUUUACUGGAAGAAUAUGCUGGAGGCUGUCCAUACCAUCCACAAACAUGGAAUUGUCCAUAGCGACUUAAAGCCAGCCAAUUUUGUCAUUGUGAAUGCUUCACUCAAGUUGAUUGACUUUGGCAUAGCUAACCGCAUACAACCAGAUGUAACAAGCAUUAUGAAGGACUCACAAGUAGGGACCCUUAACUAUAUGCCACCUGAAGCCAUCAAAGACACAUCAUCCAAACCAGGAAAAGCGAGCUCGAAGAUUAGUCCCAAGGGAGAUGUGUGGUCCCUGGGAUGCAUCCUGUACUGCAUGACCUAUGGGAAGACUCCAUUCCAAAGCAUCGCCAAUCAGAUUACCAAAUUGCAUGCCAUUGUCGAUCCAUCUCAUAAAAUUGAAUUUCCCAACAUUGCAGAGGGAGAUCUGCUGGAUGUGCUGAAGAGAUGUCUGGUAAGGAACCCCAAAGAGCGAAUCUCUAUCGCUGAGCUCCUGGAACAUCCAUACCUGCAGCUCCUGCCACAGACCCCUUCUGAACCAGAAUAUCCAAAUAACAGUGAUCUCAAGAGAAUAUUAACCGACCUUGCAGCCCUGCAGUCUCCCAACAGCAUCAUCAGAGCAGCUAAUAACUUGGCAAGGAUGUGUAACAGUGGCAGGAAGCUGGAUGUUGCAGAAUGUGCAAAGUUGUCAAGCAAACAUUCUUGGAAAAUGUGAAUAGGAAGUAGUUUUGGUUUUUUUUGUCACCUUUGAACGUGUUAUAUUUUUUAACCA